GUCAUUAUUUCCAGGAUCUAGUCUGGUUUCCUUUAUCUCACCCUAACUACCCAAAUCUUCCUUAAAAUGGGGUUACAGGGCGCCCCCGCCCUCCUCCUCCAAAACGCUUGUUACCUACCCUUGCCUGCAGUCUCUCUGAGACCGAGGCUCCGAACGAACAGGGAAUAGAGUGACUGGAUUCGGGCUGGCGGUUGCGAUGCGAGGAUUCGGAGGCAAACGGCUGGGUGGGUAGGGGGAAGGACCCUCUCCGGGAGCGGCUUGGCGCCCCCGCAAUGUCCUCGGCGCCCACCAGAAGGCGCCCGGACGCCCGCAUUCCUUGCGCGUAGCCGGAGCCUCCGCCGCAAAGAGCCCGGGAGUCGAGCCGCGCGGCGCCGCGAUCUAAGAGCCGGGUGGCGGCCUGAGCCCUCCCCGCCCGGCAAGUGGGACAGGGUGCCGGGAGCCCGGGCUUUGUUCCAGGGCUGGGGUUCCCGUUUCUCAACUCAGCUCACCACCCCCGCUGGAAACGCCAAGAACUACCCCACGCCGCGGUCUACAAAGCCCAGAGAGCCCGAAGGCGGGAGGGGUCGGGCGCGCUCGGGAGGCAGGCGGACCCCCACACUCUCCGGCUCACUCCCGGCUGCCCCAUCAGGCCGCCUCCAGCCCCAUGAGGACACCCAGGCCGGGGCUGAGAGCCUGGCGCAGCCCGGACCGAAAUCUUGCGGCGGCCUUAGAGCGUUAGACAGGCAAGGUGUGGAGCUGCUCUCUGCAGCUCCCCCCGCCCCCAACCCUCGAGACCAGGAUGCGGCUGGGCCGCCGGGCCCUCUGUAUGCUGGUCCUGCUGCUCGCCUGCGCCUCGCUGGGGCUCCUGUACGCGAGCACCCGGGACGCGCCGGGCCUCCGGGCACCUCUUGCACUGUGGACGCCCCUGCAGGGCCCCCCCAGGCCAGAGCUCCCAGACCUUGCCCCCGAGCCCCGCUACGCCCACAUCCCGGUCAGGAUCAAGGAGCAAGUGGUGGGGCUGCUGUCUGGGAACAACUGUAGUUGUGAGUCCAGUGUGGGGAGCCUUCACCUCCCCUUCCAGAGGCAGGUCCGAGCCAUUGACCUCACCAAGGCCUUUGGCCCUGAGGAGCUGAGGGCUGCCUCUGCCUUGAGGGAGCAGGAGUUCCAGGCGUUCCUUUCAAGGAGCCAGUCCGCUGCUGACCAACUGCUCAUAGCCCCUGCCAACUCCCCCCUACAAUACCCCCUGCAGGGUGUGGAGGUCCAGCCCCUCAGGAGCAUCUUGGUGCCAGGGCUGAGCCUGCAGGCCGCUUCUGGUCAGGAGGUAUACCAGGUGAACCUGACUGCCUCCUUGGGCACCUGGGAUGUGGCAGGGGAAGUGACAGGAGUGACUCUCACUGGAGAGGGGCGGCCAGAUCUCACCCUCGCCAGCCCAGGGCUGGACCAACUCAAUCGGCAGCUGCAACUGGUCACUUAUAGCAGCCGAAGCUACCAGGCAAACACAGCAGACACAGUCCGGUUCUCCACCGAGGGACAUGAGGCUGCCUUCACCAUCCACAUAAGACACCCCCCCAACCCUCGGCUGUACCCACCUGGGUCUCUACCCCAGGGAGGUGACGCUGGCCAGUACAACAUCAGCGCUCUCGUCACCAUUGCCACGAAGACCUUCCUUCGUUACAAUCGGCUACGGGCACUCAUCGCCAGCAUCCGCCGCUUCUACCCGACGGUCACCGUGGUCAUCGCCGACGAUAGCGACAAGCCGGAGAGCGUUAGCGGCCCCCACAUCGAGCACUAUCUCAUGCCUUUUGGCAAGGGCUGGUUCGCAGGGCGGAACCUGGCCGUGUCUCAAGUAACCACCAAGUAUGUGCUAUGGGUGGACGACGACUUCGUCUUCACGGCGCGGACGCGGCUGGAGAGGCUCGUGGACGUGCUGGAGCGGACGCCGCUGGACCUGGUUGGGGGCGCGGUGCGCGAGAUCUCGGGCUUCGCCACCACCUACCGGCAGCUGCUGAGCGUGGAGCCGGGCGCGCCAGGCCGCGGGAACUGCCUCCGGCAACGGCGCGGCUUCCACCACGAGCUCGUCGGCUUCCCAGGCUGCGUGGUCACCGAUGGCGUGGUCAACUUCUUCCUGGCGCGCACGGACAAGGUGCGCGAGGUCGGCUUCGACCCGCGCCUCAGCCGCGUGGCGCACCUCGAAUUCUUCCUGGAUGGGCUUGGUUCCCUUCGAGUGGGCUCCUGCUCAGACGUCGUUGUGGAUCAUGCAUCGAAAUUGAAGCUGCCUUGGACAUCAAGGGAUUCUGGGUCAGAGACUUAUGCCCGGUACCGUUACCCAGGAUCACUGGACGAAAGUCAGGUGGCCAAACACCGCCUGCUCUUCUUCAAACAUCGGCUGCAGUGCAUGACCACAGAGUGACGGCCACUCAGGGCCUUCCAAUUGUCAGGCUGGGCCUGCCUCCUUGUCCCUGCCAGGAAAUUCUGGCAAACCCCACCACCCAGUGACCACUCCACUGACCGUCCCCAGUCUCCUUCAGAACUUGAUCCCAAAUAGGGGCUUGUCCUGGUGACACUCCUUUCUGUGAGUGCCCAGGGGUGUGAUGGAGCCAUAACUCAUCCCACAGCCAGUGCCAAGUCCUCCUCCCACCCCCUUCUAAAGGGGCAGGAAGUUGGGGGGGAGGUGCUUUCCAAGCGCCAAAGAGCCCUUGGGGACUCUAAGAACCUAAAAUGGAAACACUCUCCUCUCAUCUCCUUAGGACUGAGGGGGUGGGGAAAGCCCCAACAUGUAUUCCCAGGGCUGUGCCCCCAGCCUCCCAUCUCUGGCCCCAAGACUGUGUUGUACAUGCUCCAGCUCCACCCCUAUGGAGAGAACUGGUGACUCCGGAGCUGGGCUGGGCG